UCGGCGGGAUGGAGCAGCAGCAGCAGGCUGGUGAUGGCCAUGCAUGACCGCUAGUCCACUUCCUGGAUGGAACAACACGACUCGUCCUCGCAUUGUGUUGAUCUUCUUCACAAGAAAAAAAAACCCCAUUAUUGGAGGAGCUAGCUGUUCUCCAUGGUUCGGAGCGUGCCGUGAAAGACAGCCAUUGAUCGCCGACUGACCUCUUCCUUGUCCGGGAAUGUGUCUCCGAGGAAGCCCGUCGUGGCGUCCAGCUCGGAAGUGUGUCCUCGCCGUCGUUUUAUCCCUCCAAGCAUCACAAGCUCGGACCAAAGCGGACUAUUUUGUAAACUACAUUUUAUAAAAGACGUCCUCCUUUUUUUCCAGCCUUUCGUUGCCGCGACGUCAACUUCUAUUUUUUUUUUUUUUUUUUUUUUUUUUAGACUGGCGCGCUUUGGGCUUCUCUUGUCUUUUCUUAAGCCGAAAGACUGCAAAUAAGCAAGAAACUUUGUCCUCUUGUGGCUCUCCAUGAGUGUUCAGACAUGAAGCGGAGACGAGAAGCCAACUGCUGCUGGAUUGUAUCCCUAAUGUGUCUUUUAACCUUGCACAAACACGGCGCCUGUCAUCCUGUUUCAGAUGGACAACUUCACUACGCAGGAGCAAGGCAUCAUGGGAGUGCUGGUCUAAUGAGGGAGAGAAGGGCAGCUGGGGACUUGUACUGGUCCUACUCAGGAAGUCAUGGACCUGGAGGGUGGUCCAUGUUAUACCCAGAAUGUGCUGCAAAGAACCAAUCACCCGUUGACAUCACCGAUGAACAGGCUCUGGUGUCAGAAGAGUACCAGGAGCUGGAACUGGACAAGUUCAACACUGCGUCCUCCAACCAGACCACCAUGAAAAACACUGGAAAAACAGUUGCUGUACUCCUGAAGAAUGACUACUUUGUCCGAGGCGCUGGGCUUCCAGGCCGCUUUAAGGCGGAGAAGAUUGAGUUCCACUGGGGGCAAAGUAAUGCAUCAGCCGGCUCAGAGCACAGCGUCAACGGCAGAAGGUUUCCUGUGGAGAUGCAGAUCUACCUUUACAACUCUGACGACUUUGACAGCCUCGGCGCCGCCAUCAAGGAGAGACGCAUCAUUGCUGCCAUGUCUGUCUUCCUUGAGCUCGGCCAAAAAGAUAACCCAGCUGUAGACCCCAUAAUCCAGGGCUUGAAAGGCGUCGUACAUCAUGAAAAGGAGACCAACCUCAGGUCGUUCAUCCUGAGGGAUCUGCUGCCGUCGUCUGUGGAUAGUUAUUACCGAUACACCGGCUCUCUCACCAUGCCACCCUGCAGCAAGGUGGUGGAGUGGAUCAUCUUCUCCAGACCCGUCUAUGUGUCCCACACCCAGCUGGAGGCUUUCUACUCCAUCUUUACGACGGAGCAGCAGGACCACGUCAAGUCUGUGGAAUAUUUGAGGAACAACUUUCGUCCCUUGCAGGACCUCGAUGGUCGCAAAGUCUUCAAGUCUGCAGUGAAAGAGGCGUGGAAGAAAGACUUGACUGACAUUAACGUUGGCCCUCGUGGUACUGAGGCGUCCAGAGUGUGCAGCAGUGCUCCAGUGAGCAUGAAGAUCCGCCCGCUCAACCGGACGGCCCUGAUGGUAAGCUGGCAGCGCCCCCUGAGCGUGUACCAGCCGCCCAUCAGCAGCUAUAUGGUGUCCUACAGCUGGGUGAAGCGGGACGUGGCCGACGAGGAGACCUUCACUAAGACGGGAGAUCAAAGCAUGAAAGCGGUCAUCACUAACGUGUCGCCAGAUGUGCUGUACUUGUUCCGAGUGCAGGCAGUCUGCCAACACGACCUACGCAGCGACUUCAGCCAAACUCUGCUCUUCAGAGCAAAUACCACAAGAAUAUUUGAAGGUUCUCGUAUUGUAAAGACUGGAAUGCCUACAGUAUCUCCCGUGUCCUCAGCCGACAUGGCUCCCAUAAGCUCAGGUUCCUCCACAUGGACGUCCUCUGGCAUCCACUUCUCUAUUGUCUCCAUGGCAACAGGACUGGGCCCCUCCUCCAGUGGCAGCCAGGCGACAGUGGCGUCUGUGGUGACGAGCACCUUCCUGGCGGGCUUGGGCGUCAGCGGCGGGGUCAUUUCCUCCUUGCCUAGUUCGGUUUGGCCCACGCAGGUUCGUCCGACCGCCCGGACCCCCUCUGGUCCGACCUCCUCGCCCGCCGCGACGGAGGCCCCGGAGACUCCUGCCGAGGAGAAGCAGGCCGCAGCCGAGGGCGAGGAGGAAGAAGAGGACGAGGGGGACGGAGAAGAGGAGCAGGAGGACAAGAGUGCGGACAAGAAGAGGAAGAAGACGCCCGAUGAUCAGGAGGAAACACGAGCCAACAGCACGGCGGCCAAAGACCCCAUUCUCCCCACUCCUGCUUCCACAGCCAAAGAGAAACUUGCUGUCACUACAAGCCAACCAGGAGCCACACAGAAGCACCUGACAGUCAAUGUCACCACUCAGCAGACUCACAACCACAGCAGCGACAUGCAGAUCCCUCAGAGCUCCACUCUCGCUCCAAAGAUCAGCAGCGAUGGAAAGAGUCUUUGGCCAUUCUCCAUCCAUACCGAAAGGACCAACUUGUCCAACGUGACCCGUACUUCUCACCCCGGGAUGGGCAGGAUGGUGUGGAUGGUGCCCCUGGUGGUGGUAUCUGCUCUCACGCUGCUUUGUCUCAUCAUGCUACUGGUCGUGAUGGUCUACUGGAGGAGGUUUUUUCAGACCGCUCACUUCUACGUGGAAGAGAGCAGUUCUCCUCGGGUUGUGGCCAAUGAGAGCAUCCCCUUCAUUCCCAUACCAGAUGACAUGGAGGCCAUUCCCGUCAAGCAGUUUGUCAAACACAUCAUGGAGCUCUACAAGAACAACCUGCAAGGUUUCUCAGAGGAGUUUGAGGAGGUCCAGCGCUCCACAGCAGACUUGAAAAUCACAGCAGAACAUUCCAAUCAUCCUGACAACAAGCACAAAAACAGAUACAUCAACAUUGUGGCCUAUGACCACAGCCGCGUGAAACUACGGGCUCUGGCUGGGAAAGACGCCAAACAUUCCGAUUACAUCAAUGCCAACUAUGUGGACGGGUACAACAGAACCAGAGCUUACAUCGCUGCUCAGGGUCCACUUAAGUCCACCUUUGAAGACUUCUGGAGGAUGGUGUGGGAGCAGAACACCAAACUCAUCGUCAUGAUUACCAACCUGGUGGAGAAAGGACGGAGAAAAUGUGACCAGUACUGGCCUACAGAGAACAGCGAGCAGUACGGAAACAUCAUUGUGACGCUGAAAAGCACCAAAGUUCAUGCUUGCUUCACGCUGCGACAUUUCGUCAUCAGGAACACUAAAGUCAAAAAGGGUCAGAAAGGGAAUCCAAAAGUCAAACUGAACGAGCGCAUGGUCAUUCAGUAUCAUUACACUCAGUGGCCUGACAUGGGCGUGCCAGAGUACACCCUCCCUGUCCUCACCUUCAUCAACCGCUCAUCAGCGGCCCGCACCCCGGACAUGGGCCCGGUCCUGGUGCACUGCAGUGCAGGCGUAGGUCGCACAGGAACCUACAUCGUCAUCGACAGCAUGCUGCAACAAAUCAAAGACAAAAGCACAAUCAGCAUUCUUGACUUUCUAAAACAUAUUCGCACACAGCGCAACUAUCUGGUCCAGACCGAGGAGCAGUAUGUGUUCAUCCACGAUGCUCUGAUGGAGACCAUCUUCAGCAGAGAGACGGAGGUGCCCGCCUGGCAGCUGCACAGUUACGUCGGCAGCAUCCUCGCGCCCAACUCUACGGGCCGCACCCGCCUGGAGAAGCAGUUCCGACUGCUGACGCAAUGCAACAGUCGCUUGGUGGAAUGUUUCAGCGCUCACAAAGAUUGCAACAAGGAGAAGAACCGCAACUCCUCAGUGGUCCCAUCCGAGCGAGCGAGAGUCGGACUCACGACUUUGCCUGGGAUGAAAGGAACCGAUUACAUCAACGCGUCAUACAUCAUGGGAUACUACAGGAGCAAUGAGUUUAUCAUUACCCAGCAUCCUUUGCCACACACCACCACUGACUUCUGGAGGAUGAUUUGGGAUCAUAACGCACAAAUUAUUGUCAUGUUGCCAGACAACCAGGGCCUGGCGGAGGAUGAGUUUGUGUACUGGCCGAGUCGAGAAGAAGCCAUGAACUGCAUCGCCUUCACCGUCACGCUCAUCAGCAAGGACAGACUUUGUCUCUCCAACGAGGAGCAGAUCAUCAUCCACGACUUCAUCCUGGAAGCCACGCAGGACGACUACGUGCUGGAAGUGCGACACUUCCAGUGCCCCAAGUGGCCCAACCCUGACGCUCCUCUCAGCAGCGCCUUCGAGCUCAUCAAGGUCAUCAAGGAGGAGGCCAUGACGCGAGACGGCCCCACCAUCGUACACGACGAGUAUGGAGCUGUGGCAGCAGGUAAGCUGUGUGCCCUCACCUCGCUGUCUCAGCAGCUGGAGGACGAGGGUGUGGUCGACAUCUACCAGGUGGCCAAGAUGAUCAACCUCAUGAGGCCCGGGGUCUUCACUGACAUUGAGGAGUAUCAGUACCUUUACAAAGCCAUGCUGAGCCUGGUGGCGAACGGCGAGUGCGGCCCGAUGCACACGGACUCUAACAUGAUGGCGGCAAUGGAGUGCGAGCCCGCAGAGAGUUUGGAGUCGCUGGUUUGACGACUUUCGGACUUUUCUCUGCCCUCAAAUUCUCCUCGAGGCCUUUUUUGCCAGGCGAUUGAUUCAAGGACUUUUUAUACGGACAUUUUUGGAUAUUUAUGUUUUCAUCAUUUGUGGCGAAGGAAGGAAACUUCUCCACUUUGCACUCCUUUAACGGACCUUCAUCUUGGAGGCGCGAAGGUCAGGAACGUGAACCAUUCCAAAGUCACCUGCUUUUGUUGCCAUGGAAACGCCACAUCCAACUUGUGAACUUGCUUUUUACAGGGAUUUCUAUUGUUAUACUGUUUUUGUAAUAUAUAUCUAUAUCUAUAUCUCUAUGAUAUCCCAACUAUCCAAACACGUUGCCUACAGUACGUGUGAUAAUUAUUAUUAUUAUUAUUAUUAUUAUUACAGUACGUGUGGACAGGCUGUGUUCGUGCUGUGGGCUUGGAUCCCGUUCGCACCGCUUUCCUUUUAUUUUGAAAGGGAACUGAAUUUUCAAAAACUCACCUUCUUUUAUUCUACCAUAAUAAAAGAAAAUUGCUAAGAAGUGCAUGAAGAUGUUGUACUUUUACUGCUUUGAGGUCAGCGCUCAAAUUGGCCCUUUUUUUUUGGUUUUUUAAACAUUCCCAGUGAAAUCAUUGUGUUUUGUCUCCAGUGGAAAUGAGAAGUUUUUGAGACUUUGGUCAACAGUGAAGCUCACCAGUGAGCAUCUUGUUUCUUCUAAAAGGACCUCUUUUUCUUGGCAAAGCAUCACAUAAGGCCGAGUUACACAAAUUUGUUUUAUUGUUUUGAUUUUAGCAUCGUUUGAAUGUCAUUAAAAUGAUCCUUUCACUUUGGCACUUUUGUUUGUUGCUCACUAUUGUUGUCACUGUGGCUCGGCCUUCUUCAAUAUAGCAAACAUUUAACGGCUUUAUUUUGCUGCUUUUCUUUCUUAUCAUUAUUAGUAGUGUUAUUCACCGAAAGACCACUUUAUUUAUUUUAUAUUUUGCAUUUACUCACCAAAGAUGUCUGUUUGCAACAUACACUUUUGUUUUCUUCAAUGUGUUUUCCACAUGCUUGGCAAAUACCUCGGCACAGUGGUAAUACCUUGAAUAUACAAAACAAUGAAUUUAUGGACGUUGUUUUUAUCCAGCGAGCGGUGAGAAACAACGAUUACUUUUGUCAAGAUGUACCUAAUAAAGUGACACGUUCAUGAAAACGCC